CAGUUUAUACCAAGUAUUUUUUAUUUUAUCAAUACUUAGUACAAUUUCAUGCUAGAUUGUUUCCAUUAAGACUGACUGUAGUGUGGUGGAACCGAAGUUCAGGGCGCUUCUUGUGGAACACGGAGGAAAUUAACCGCGUACCAACGUGAAAGCAGCAACUCUCUGCGAGCUGACCCCUGGAGCCCAAUUAUUGUGACUAUGAAAUUUUAGACCAGCACCAGAGAUGCUCUCUGUUAUAUUUAGAAGAGGCACUGUUGCAGCACAGAAGGUUUUGCACUGGGCAGGUCCUCCACAAAGAUGCUGGACAUCAGCCCUGACCGGAGCUUCAAAUGGUGGCCCCGUCUCCACCUGCUGGGCCUCGUCAUCCAGGCUCCCUUCUACAGAAAGGAACACAGAACCCGCGAUUGUUCCUGGUUUGAGGAGGACCGAGCUCUUCCAAGCUCCUCGUGCUUCAUUUAUGACGAGGAACCAGUACUUCCACUCUUCUUCUGUGAGGCUGAAGAAGCGAGCGAUACCCGAACCUCCUCCUAAAGAGCUUGAUCUGCUGCGCUACGACAUGAAGCACUUGUGGAAAAGUCCCAAACCGGCCCUCAUCUUGGGGUUCACAGGGCUGAUCCCCUUCGUCUCGCCCACUCUGUUCAUGGCUGCGACUGAGAACUUCUACCCGGAGCUGGCUUAUGCCCAAGUAGCCUACGCAGCCUCCAUCGUUUCUUUCCUGGGUGGAGCCCGGUGGGGAUUUGCGCUUCCUGACAGCAGCCCAGCCAAGCCCGACUGGAUAAACCUGGCCAACAGCGUGGUUCCCUCCCUCCUAGCCUGGGUGACGAUGCUGUUGACCGACAGUAUCACUGUGGCAGCCACCAUGGUCGUCAUGGCGCUCGGGAUCUCGCUGCAUUACGAUCUGUCGCUCCUUCCCACGUACCCCAGCUGGUUCAAAGCCAUGCGCGCCGUCCUGACAGUGGUGGCGUUCUUUUCUCUACUCGGUACACUCAUAAUGAACGGUUUAUUCCCAGAAAAAAAAUUAUUUUAGAUUGAUAGUAACCAGUUCAACACAUCUACUCAUCAUAAGUCUUUCAGGGUGAAUUUCUUUCUUGAUUUGUGAAUAUCUGACACACAAACUGACUUCUGUCUUCAGUGUUGAGCCAUUUUAGUAAAGAUUAUGUGUCGUCGACAUUAUUCAAGAAUCAAAUUGAUUUUAAUAGCGCGCAUGUUGUCCUGCAAGUGUCCUCCACAGUUCAGGAGAUUAGUAGAAGGAAGUAGACAGACACAUAUCUAAUAAAAGUGCUUGUAAAUGUG